UCUGCUCUUCAUUCUGUUCAGAGGAAGGCCAAGUAUCAAGAGGCGAAAUUGAAGGCAUUGAAAGCAAGAAACGAAUAUAUCUUGUGUCUCGAGGCAUCUAAUACGACAAUACACAAGUACUUUGUGGAUGACCUUUCGGAUCUCAUCGAUUGUAUGGAUUUUGGAUUUCACAACUGCAUCGCCAGAGCAUUGCUGAUGCAUUGUAGCGCAGAAGAAGGUAGGCAGCGUUCACUGCAAUCUGGUGCUGAACAAUUAGCUGCGUGUGUUGGUGCUCUAGACUCGAGAGCAGACAAACAAAGGUUUCUGGAAUCUCAUCAUUCUGCUUUUAUGAUUCCUAAGAAGUUCGAAUUCCAAGGACAACGAGGGGACGAGACUCCUGAACCGGAACUGCAAAAAUUAUUACACGCUGAGAUGGAGCAAAGAUUGACUCAACUGCAACAAAGAUUAACGUCUCUAAGAACAGAAUCCGAAGAAGUUUGGAAAACCUUGGAAACAGCGGAAGCUAGCCUAUUGGAGAUGUUAACCGCGAAAGACUAUGAUUGUUCUAGAUAUUUUGGAGAGAACGCUGUUCCCACCUCAAGACCACCAGAAACCGUGCAAAUCAAGCUUAGAGCAGACAGACAGGAAACUGAAGAAUUCUACCUCACGAAAUUCAGGGAAUACCUUCUUGGAACUUCAAGAAUAGCUAGGUUAGACGCAAAACAAGAAUAUAUUCGACAGAGCUUGUUGGAUGGGUCUACUGCCAGCCCGAAUCCAUCAAUAUCAACAACGAAACAAAAGCAAGCUCGAAGGAAACGAAUCGGUAGACUGCAGAUAAACGGCCAACCAAAGUUAUUCGGUGGUUCGUUGGAAGAAUAUUUGGAAAGCACCAAUCAAGAGAUACCUUUAAUCAUGAAAAGUUGCAUCAGAGUGAUCAAUCUAUACGGUCUUCAUCAUCAAGGUAUCUUCCGAGUCUCGGGCUCCCAGGUAGAAAUUAACAAUUUCCGGGAGUGGUUCGAAAGGGGAGAAGAUCCAUUGGCUGACGUUACUGACGCGUCGGAUAUUAACAGUGUAGCCGGUGUGUUGAAACUUUAUUUGAGAGAAUUGAGGGAACCACUGUUUCCUAUUAUUUACUUCGAACAUCUGAUGGAAUUAGCACAACUAGAAUCAAAGCAAGAGUUUGUUAACAAGAUGAAGGAACUGAUUUCCAGUCUUCCAAGACCAGUUGUUAUAGUAAUGCGAUACUUAUUCGCUUUUCUUAAUCAUCUUUCAGAAUUUUCGGAUGAAAACAUGAUGGACCCCUACAACUUAGCAAUUUGCUUUGGCCCCACCUUGGUACCUGUUCCAGAAGAUAAAGACCAGGUACAAUACCAGAACCAAGUGAAUGAACUCAUCAAGAAUAUUAUCACUUUCUGUGAAGAAAUAUUCCCAGAAGAUAUUGGAGGUACUCAAUAUGAAAAGUACAUCAGUAGAGAACCUGACGACGUAAUCGGAAAACCUUGAGGCCACAGCACAAUUCGAUUUCAAUGCAAGGUCCGAAAGAGAGUUAAGCUUCAAAAAGGGAGAUACCUUGACUCUAUACACACAAGUCAGUAAUGACUGGUGGCGAGGUGCCUUGGCCGGUAGAGAGGGGCUUAUUCCCGAUAAAUAUAUUAUGAUCAAGAUAAAGGACGAAGAACGUGAAAAAGAACUCCUGAAGUCGUCGAGUGAAGAAUCAAUGCGAAGAAGGACCUCCAGCUCUGCCGACAGUGUUCUUUCAAGUAACAAUUCACCACUGAUGGGACCAUCUGGAAAUUCAACUUGGCCCUCUAAUACCGCGACCGAUGUGCAGUCAACUACAAAUAUAAUCGCAACAGACAAUAGCAGUAACAGUGGUGUUAUCCCAGCGGUCGUGACAAAUACCCCUUGCAUCUCGUCAGCACAACCGAUCAUCAGUCGAGAGCAAUGUGUACCUCGAGUGGCAAAGGUGUCAACACCAGAAAAAGAGAAGCAUGCCUUCGUUUCUGAUCAACGUGCAGACACAACACCAGUCAUUAUUAGUAAUAACGCCGAAGGCGAGAAGAUAUCGGACUUCAGUGACUCGUUACAACAACGCAACGAAGACGCUGGUGAAGAAGCAGAACGCAUCUCCUUGAUAAAUUUGGAUGGCGGAUCAAAGCGUGGAACGAGUAGGAAACAACACUGGAAAUCCCAAAGUAUGGGUGACACUGUGCAGCAGACAGCAAAUUCUCUCCAAACAAGCAACACCGUUUCUCAAGAAGAGGACUCUCAGGACCAGCCGACGUUUUCAGCGAAUCGAGAGCUUUGGCAGAGACGAGCGACGUCGCAAACGCAAUUGAAUCCACCUGCGCCUCCUAACCAUAAUAAGAUUUUCCGUACCUCCCAAGAAUUCCGCGAGAUGCGUCAGAAACAUACACCGGAUUUGGUAAUGGAUCUGCCUUUGUCGGCACAGGAUGCAAGUAAGAAGUCUGCUUCGUCGAGCAGCCUAAGCAGCUCUGAUGAAGAGACUCCUACUCAACCAACUCGUGCUGAAGCAGCUACGUCGCCAACAGGUGGUCCCGAGUCCCCCGACAUGAGCACGGCUGCAGAACGAUUUGCUAAACAAAACCAAUGCACUCUGAAGAAAAACACCAAGUCGAAUUCCGACGCGUCAAAAUUGAAGCGUAUGGAAACUGAGCAUGACCCCGAACAAGAGUCGGAAGAGAUUGUCAGAUCGACGAGUUCCAAUCAGAUAUCGGAUUCAAUGCCUCUAAGAUCACCUCUUCCACCGCGUUCGACACCCAAAAUAAUAGCGAAAUUUGCAGACAUGCAUCUGACAGGCGGCAGCCAGGUGUCCUCGUUCAAACCACAGAUAAAAGUGAAGCCGACGAUUCUUAAAAAACCGGUGUUGCCAUUCCCACAUCCGCAUAUGAGUCCCGAGCUCGCGAGGAAAAUCGAGAAGCAAGCGCAGAGCGCCGAACAAACCAAU